UGUCCAGAACCAAACCAGGAAAAUCCCUGGAUAUAGGAAGCCUACUACUGCCGCUCGGUUUCCGACCCAUGUAGAGACUGGAGAUGCCUACAAACUCUUGAAAGACUUCUUUUACGUAUGACAACGAACAGGAGGUCCUCGUGCAUCGCAAUCGUUCCGCUGUCGAUCAACAAAAAGCUUGAACGAUCAGAUGACAUCCAAUCUAGGAGAUCGAGUGCGGUAAGCAAGAGCCUAAUUCGGCGUCGUUGCGGAUGUUGGAUUGGACAGGUCUCGACUGCAUGAGACGCGGCUCAGUGGUGACAUGGCCCGCUAUGCCGUCAAGUGCACGUGCAUUAGUACGGCACACUAGACACGCUCGGCACCCGAGACUGGGGUCAGUUGUUUGGGGAUAUAUUAGCGUGGGAUCCCGUCGACGGGGGUCCUUUCCGUGCCAUUGCCAAGGUCCGUCGGACUGCCUCCCCAGUGGGAGAUCCUGCUCCAUGAGCCCACUUUCAAGGAGAUGGCGCUCUUUAUUUGCAGGUAGCCCGAGGCAAAUUCAAGCGGCAAACGCGCUGCCAUCUUCUGCGGCCUUAUUCUGCCAUGCUUUCGAGCUCGCUAAUGCAAUAAUGAGCAUGUUUAAGGGAACUUGCUUUUGCCUCGAGCUAUCAUCCUGGGCCGAAAAAGCAAAGAAUAUAGGGAUACCAAUAGAUGCGGCAAGAGCGGCAUGGGUCCAUUGCAACGGCUUUGUGCCACCAGCCUGUACUAGACUUGUCUAUUGGCCUCGACAACUUCCAAGUGUCUCACCCUCUGUGCCGGGACGGGGCUACGUUGAAUGCAAGCGAAGAGACAUAUGCUGCAUCUGUAUGGUCAAUGCAGGUACUGCCAGGAACAAGGAGCAAGAUACGGCAGCUGCAACCAAUUCUCCGACACGACGCACUGUUUGAGCGUGCCCGAACUUCUCCUUGGGCCCAGGAGAUUGGGUCUGUCUUCGAAGCACCUUGAUAGGAUUUAUAUCUCUUUGAUCUGCAAUCUUUAGCCGUUGGGAUUGAUGUGUCAACCGCAUAACGGCUUUUUUGUAUCUUUCUAUUCAACGGUGCUGCAAAGUCACAGCUACGAUGAAUCACAACUAUACCAAGAGUAUGAUGAUCGGCUU